AUGACACCAAAGAACAAUAAGAAAUUCAUGGAGGAUGCUAUUGAUUGGAUAAGGAAGAAUGAGCCCAACAUUGAGGAUGUAGAUGAUAAUACUGUUGAAGAGGUCACUAAUUUGGCUGGUGUCAAAAUGCCGCCUGGUGUUGUUCCAAAGGCUGCCAAGAAGAAACCGGUGGAAGAUGCAAUUGACUGGAUCCGGAAGAAUCUUGGUCCAGAAGAAGAGCUAGAUGAACCUUCUCUUGAAGCUCUCUCAGAGCUGACAGGUGUUCCUAUGCCGAAGAUGAAGACACCCAAGGACAAGAAGAGAUUCGUUGAAGAUGCAGUGGAUUGGCUUCGGAAGAAUCAACCUGAUCUUGAUGGCUUGGAUGAACCUACUAUUGAAGACAUCACUAAACUCGCUGGCAUUCCUCUCCCUCCAGGUGUUACAUCACGACGUGAGAAAGAGAAUGCUAUUGAUGACGCUGUUGAUUGGCUGCGGAAGAACAACCCUGUGUUGGAUGACCUUGAUGAGCCCACUCUGGAAGCCCUCUCCAACCUGACUGGUGUUCCCAUGCCAAAGAGCAAGACACCUAAGGACAACAAGAAGUUUGCCGAGGAUGCUGUCGACUGGCUCCGAAGAAACAACCCAAAGAUGGACAAUCUUGACAAGCCAACUAUUGACAAGUUGCAGAAUCUCACCUCUGAAACCCUGCCAGGUGGUCCAUCACCGAGGGACGAGAGACUGAAGGCUAUGAAAGAAGCUCUUGACUGGCUUCGAAAGAAUGAUCCAAGGCUUGACGACGUCAAGAACCCCACAGUAGAAGCGUUUUCAAAUCUAACGGGGAUCCCCUUACCAAAGCAAAUGACACCAAAGAACAAUAAGAAAUUCAUGGAGGAUGCUAUUGAUUGGAUAAGGAAGAAUGAGCCCAACAUUGAGGAUGUAGAUGAUAAUACUGUUGAAGAGGUCACUAAUUUGGCUGGUGUCAAAAUGCCGCCUGGUGUUGUUCCAAAGGCUGCCAAGAAGAAACCGGUGGAAGAUGCAAUUGACUGGAUCCGGAAGAAUCUUGGUCCAGAAGAAGAGCUAGAUGAACCUUCUCUUGAAGCUCUCUCAGAGCUGACAGGUGUUCCUAUGCCGAAGAUGAAGACUCCCAAGGACAAGAAGAGAUUUGUUGAAGAUGCAGUGGAUUGGCUUCGGAAAAAUCAACCUGAUCUUGAUGGCUUGGAUGAACCUACUAUUGAAGACAUCACUAAACUCGCUGGCAUUCCUCUCCCCCCAGGUAUUGUUGCAAGGGAACCCAGAAAGAAGGCUGUUGAAAAUAUUGUGGACUGGCUCAGGAAAAACAACCCAGUUGUGUCUGAAUUUGAUGAACCUAAGCUUGAGGCUUUGUCUAAUCUGACCGGGCAACCACUUCCACAGAACAUGACACCAUCUGAAAGGGAUGACUUUGUUGAGGACUGCGUGGACUGGAUUCGCCGAAAUAAUCCAUAUGUUGAUGAUGUUGAGUUGCCAACCAUUGAAGCCCUCAGUGACCUUCAUUCAGAGCCUCUUCCACCAGGCACAACAGCAAGGGACGCUAAAGUGAAAGCGUUUGAUGAUGCAAUUGACUGGCUCAGAAAGAACCAGCCAAAGCCUGAUGACCUCGAUGAACCCUCUUUUGAAGCAUUGUCUGAGUUAACAGGCCUUCCACUCCCUGUCAGCAUGUCUCCGCGAGAAAAGAAGAGUUUCAUGGAAAAUGCCCUUGACUGGUUAAGGAAAAACAGUGCAGACGCCACUGACAUCGAUGACUUGACGCUGGAACAGUUGACCAAACUUAGCAAUGUUCCCAUGCCUCCUGGAAUUGUACCUUUGGAAGCACGGAAACAAGCCAUGGAAGAUGCUGUGGAUUGGCUGAGGCAGAACGAAUUGCCACUGGAUGUUGUUGAUGAACCGAUCCUAGAAGCCCUCUCCAAUAUAGCUGGUUUGCCAAUGCCAAGGAUGAUGAGCCCGAUCGAGAAAAGAGAGUUUGCUGAAAAUGCAAUUGAUUGGCUUCGUAGAAACAAUCCUGACACCAGCAAUCUGGACGAACCCACAAUUGAAAGCAUCACAAAGCUCACUGGCACACCGAUGCCAACAGGCAUGCAAACUCACAACACAAAGAAGAACAAGGUACAAGAUGCUUUGGACUGGAUCAGGAAAAAUGAUGUGAACCUUGAUGACCUCGAUGAACCAACACUGGAAGCAUUGUCUAACUUGACAAAUAUACCAUUUCCUGAUGAGCUGACUCCAACUAAAAAGAAGAAAUUUGCUGAUGAUGCCCUUGACUGGCUUCGGAACAACAACCCCGAUCUUACCAGUAUUGAUCAAGAGACAGCUGACAACAUCUCCGCCGUACCGAAUCAUCCACUCCCCCCACAUGCAGUCUCCCGUGAUGCCAAACAAAAAAGUGUCGAGGAUAUGAUUGAUUGGUUGAGGAAAAAUGGACCUCCGUUGGAUGAUCUGGAUGAACCCAUUCUGGAAUCUCUAUCCAAUCUCACAGGAGUUCCCAUGCCCAGGCAUAAAACUCCUAAUGCUAGGAAAGAUUUCAUGGAAGAUGCUGUUGACUGGCUCCGAAAUAAUGAGCCAGAUUUGGGAUCCAUGGAUGGUCCAACUCUGGACAAUCUAAUGCAAGUCCCAGGUGCACCACUCCUGCCUGGGGUUGUUCCCCGAGAUGCUAAGAAGAGGGCUGUUGAUGAUGCUCUUGAAUGGUUACGAAAGAAUGACCCAUUACCUGACGACUUGGAAGAACCAACCAUUGAAGCCCUCUCAAAUCUUACCGGAAUACCCAUGCCUUCCAAAAUGACACCAAAUGAGAAGAAAGGGUUUUUGGAGGAUGCUCUUGACUGGAUUCGCAAGAAUGAACCAGAUCUGUCAAACCUUGAUGAACCGACCCUAGAAAAUUUGACUAUGGUACCAGGCAUGCCCAUCCCACCAAGCAUGAAACCUAGAGCAACAAAAGAAGACGAAGUGGAUGAUGUGCUUUCAUGGCUUCGCAAAAAUGGUCCGCCACCCGAGGAACUUGAUGAACCUUCCGUAGAGGCCUUGUCUAACUUGACAGGAUUACCGCUGCCAACGGCAAUCCCUCCAGAGGAGAAGAAAAGAAUAUUGGAUCAAGCAGUGGAUUGGCUUCGCCAUGGAGGUCCUGAGUUUUCCAAGUUGGACGAGCCAUUACUUGACAGCCUCCUUCAGGUCCCUGGGGCGCCCACACCUCCUGGGGUUGUACCUAGAAGCACAAAGAAGGAUGUUGCGGAAGAUGCCAUCGAAUGGCUCAGAAAGCAUGGCCCACCAGAAGAUGAGCUAGACGAGCCCAUAGUUGAGGCUUUGGCAAAGCUUUCCGGAAUUCCAAUGCCAAAGAGAUUGACACCUCAGGAGAAGAAAGAGAUCAUUGAAAAUGUGGUGGAUUGGGUUCGGAAGAAUGAACCUGAUCUCGCCAAACUAGAUGAACCCACUCUUGACAGUCUUAUGAGAAUGCCCGGGGCACCAAUACCACCACAAAUUGUCCCAAGGGAAACCAAGAAAAAGGGAGUGGAAGAGACGGUGUCAUGGCUCAGGAAGAAUGGACCACCACCUGAUGACAUUGAUGAACCUACCCUCGCAACGCUAUCACGCUUGACAGGUGUUCCACUGCCACAGAAAAUGACACCGGAAGACAAGGCCAAGUUCACGGAGGAUGUGGUUGACUGGAUGCGCCAGAAUGAGAUUGACAGUUCAAAACUGCAUGAACCAACUCUCGACAGUAUCAUGCAGGUUCCAGGUGCCCCAAUGCCUUCAGGAGUUGUACCUCGUGAAACAAAGAAGAAGGGCGUUGAUGAUGUUGUGGAGUGGCUCAGGAAGAAUGGUGCCCCCGAGGAUGUCCCUGAUGAACCCACACUUGAAGCCCUAUCAAAUCUGACGGGUGUCCCAAUGCCCAAGAAGGACACACCCAAGGACAAGAAGAAGUUCAUGGAGGAUAGUGUGGACUGGCUUCGAAAGAAUACGCCAGAUACAUCCAAGCUUGCUGAACCCACCCUUGACAGUCUGUUGCAGGUUCCAGGAGCACCCAUGCCUUCUGGUGUUGUUCCUCGUGAAACAAAGAAGAAGGGUGUUGACGAUGUACUUGAUUGGCUGAGGAAGAAUGGAGCCCCAACACAUUUGCCCGAUGAGCCCAUUCUUGAAGCAAUUUCUGAUUUGACUGGUGUUCCAAUGCCCACAGAAAGAACGCCAGAGACGAAGAAGAAGUUCAUGGGUGAUGCGGUUGACUGGCUGAGAAAGAAUCAACCUGAUACUGCGAAGCUAGAUGAACCCACUCUUGACAGCUUAUUGCAGGUUCCAGGGGCUCCUCAGGAACCAUCAGUGCUCUCUCGGAACGCAUUGAAAAAGGGAGCUGAUGAUGUUGUUGAUUGGUUGAGGAAGAACGGUGCACCGAGCAGUGACAUUGAUGAACCUACACUAGAAGCACUCUCGAACUUGACAGGAGUUCCCAUGCCACAAAAAACACCACCAAAGAAAGGACAAUUGAUUGAUGAUGUGGUUGACUGGUUGCGAAACAAUGAACCAGAUACGUCCAAGCUUGAUGAACCAACUCUCGACAGUAUCAUGCAGGUUCCAGGGGCCCCUAUGCCUUCUGGAGUUGUGCCUCGUGAGGAUAAGAAAGAAGGUGUUGAUGAUGUUGUGGACUGGCUCAGGAAGAAUGGUGCCCCUGAGAUUGUCCCUGAUGAACCCACUCUUGAAGCCCUAUCAAAUCUGACAGGCAUUCCAAUGCCAAAGAAGGACACACCCAAAGACAAGAAGAAGUUUAUGGAGGAUAGUGUUGACUGGCUGCGAAAGAACACACCAGAUACAUCCAAGCUUGAUGAACCCACCCUUGACAGUCUGUUGCAGGUUCCGGGAGCACCCAUGCCUUCUGGUGUUGUCCCUCGUGAGACAAAGAAGAAGGGAGUUGACGAUGUACUUGAUUGGCUGAGGAAGAAUGGUGGUCCAGAGGAAGAACUGGAUGAACCUACUCUUGAAGCCCUCUCAGAUUUGACUGGUGUUCCGAUGCCCAAGAAGAAGACUCCUGAGGCAAAGAAGAAGUUCAUGGAUGAUGCUGUUGACUGGUUGAGAAAGAACCAACCUGAUACGGCGAAGCUAGAUGAACCCACUCUUGACAGCUUGAUGCAGGUACCUGGUGCUCCAAUGCCAUCUGGAAUUGUCCCUCGUGAGAAGAAGAGGAAGGGUGUUGAUGAUGUUGUUGAUUGGUUGAGGAAGAAUGGUCCACCAAAUAAAGAAAUUGACGAACCCACUCUGGAGGCUCUAGCAACAAUGACUGGAUUCCCUCUCCCAAAGAAAUCCAAGCCUGCCAAGAGGCAAUUGCUUAAUGAUGUGGUUGACUGGCUGCGAAAUAAUGAACCAGACACUUCCAAGCUGGACGAACCAACUCUUGACAGUAUCAUGCAGGUUCCAGGUGCCCCAAUGCCUUCUGGAGUUGUGCCUCGUGAAACAAAGAAGAAGGGGGUUGAUGAUGUUGUGGACUGGUUCAGGAAGAAUGGUGCUCCCAAGGAUGUCCCUGAUGAGCCCACACUUGAAGCACUAUCAAAUCUGACGGGUGUCCCAAUGCCCAAGAAGGAUACACCCAAGGACAAGAAAAAGUUCAUGGAGGAUAGUGUGGACUGGCUUCGAAAGAACACACCAGAUACAUCGAAGCUUGAUGAACCAACCCUUGACAGUCUGUUGCAGGUUCCGGGCGCACCCAUGCCAUCUGAUGUGGUUCCUCGUGAGACAAAGAAGAAAGGUGUUGACGAUGUACUUGAUUGGCUGAGAAAGAAUGGUGGUCCAGAGGAAGAACUGGAUGAACCCACUCUUGAAGCCCUCUCAGAUUUGACUGGUGUUCCGAUGCCCAAGAAGAAGACUCCUGAGGCAAAGAAGAAGUUCAUGGAUGAUGCUGUUGACUGGCUGCGAAAGAAUCAACCAGAUACUUCGAAGCUGGACGAACCCACUUUGGACAGCUUGAUGCAGGUACCUGGUGCUCCAAUUCCAUCUGGAAUUGUCCCUCGUGAGAAGAAGAAGGAGGGUGUGGAUGAUGUCGUUGAUUGGUUGAGGAAGAAUGGCCCACUGGAAGAUGAAAUUGAUGAACCCACUCUGGAGGCUCUAGCAACUAUGACUGGGUUCCCCCUUCCCAAAACGAAAGAACCAAACCAUAAUCGAUUGAUGGAUGAUGUGGUUGAUUGGUUGCGAACCAAUAAACCAGAUAUGUCCAAGCUGGACGAGCCAACCCUUGAUGGUAUCAUGCAGGUUCCAGGCGCCCCAAUGCCUUCUGGAGUUGUGCCUCGUGAAACAAAGAAGAAGGGUGUUGAUGAUGUACUUGAUUGGCUGAGAAAGAAUGGUGGUCCAGAGAAAGAACUGGAUGAACCCACUCUUGAAGCCCUCUCAGAUUUGACUGGUGUUCCGAUGCCCAAGAAGAAGACUCCUGAGGCAAAGAAGAAGUUCAUGGAUGAUGCUGUUGACUGGUUGAGAAAGAACCAACCUGAUACGGCGAAGCUAGAUGAACCCACUCUUGACAGCUUGAUGCAGGUACCUGGUGCUCCAAUGCCAUCUGGAAUUGUCCCUCGUGAGAAGAAGAAGAAGGGUGUUGAUGAUGUUGUUGAUUGGUUGAGGAAGAAUGGUCCACCCGAAGAUGAAAUUGAUGGACCCACUCUGGAGGCUCUUGCCACAAUGACUGGAUUCCCACUUCCUAUGAAACCAAAACCACACAAUAGCAAAUUAUUGCAUGAUGUUGUUGACUGGUUGCGAACCAAUAAACCAGAUACGUCCAAGCUUGAUGAACCAACUCUCGACAGUAUCAUGCAGGUUCCAGGUGCCCCUAUGCCUUCUGGAGUUGUUCCUCGUGAAACAAAGAAGAAAGGGGUUGAUGAUGUUGUGGACUGGCUCAGGAAGAAUGGUUCUCCCGAGGAUGUCCCUGAUAAACCCACACUUGAAGCCCUAUCAAAUCUUAUCGGUGUCCCAAUGCCCAAGAAGGACACACCCAAGGACAAGAAGAAGUUCAUGGAGGAUACUGUUGACUGGCUGCGAAAGAACACACCAGAUACAUCCAAGCUUGAUGAGCCCACCCUUGACAGUCUGUUGCAGGUUCCCGGUGCCCCCAUGCCUGCUGGUGUUAUUCCUCGUGAGACAAAGUUGGAGGGCGUUGACGAUGUACUUGAUUGGCUGAGAAAGAAUGGUGGUCCAGAGGAAGAACUGGAUGAACCCACUCUUGAAGCCCUCUCGGAUUUGACUGGUCUUCCAAUGCCCAAGAAGAAGACCCCCGAGGCAAAGAAGAAGUUCAUGGAUGAUACUGUUGACUGGUUGAGAAAGAAUCAACCUGAUACUGCGAAGCUAGAUGAACCCACUCUUGACAGCUUGAUGCAGGUACCUGGUGCUCCAAUGCCAUCAGGUAUUAUCCCUCGUGAGAAGAAGAAGGAGGGUGUGGAUGAUGUCGUCGAUUGGUUGAGGAAGAAUGGUCCACCAAAGGAUGAGAUUGAUGAACCUACUCUGGAGGCAUUAGCUACAAUGACAGGGUUCCCACUUCCCAAGACAUCAAAACCAAGUCAGAGUGAAUUAUUACGUGAUGUGGUUGACUGGCUGCGUAACAAUGAACCAGACACAUCCAAGCUUGACGAGCCAAUUCUUGACAGUAUCAUGCAGGUUCCAGGGGCCCCUAUGCCUUCUGGAGUUGUGCCUCGUGAGACAAAAAAGAAGGGGGUCGACGAUGUGGUUGACUGGCUCAGGAAGAACGGGGCCCCGGAGGAUGAACCAGAUCAGCCUACUCUUGAAGCCCUAUCAAAUCUGACAGGUGUUCCAAUGCCAAAGAAGGACACACCCAAAGACAAGAAGAAGUUUAUGGAGGAUACUGUUGACUGGCUGCGAAAGAACACACCAGAUACAUCCAAGCUUGAUGAACCCACCCUUGACAGUCUGUUGCAGGUUCCGGGAGCACCCAUGCCUUCUGGUGUUAUUCCUCGUCAGACAAAGAAGAAAGGUGUUGACGAAGUACUAGAUUGGCUGAGAAAAAAUGGUGGUCCAGAGGAAGAACUGGAUGAACCCACUCUUGAAGCCCUCUCGGACUUGAUUGGUGUUCCAAUGCCCAAGAAGAAGACUCCUGAGGCAAAGAAGAAGUUCAUGGAUGAUGCUGUUGACUGGUUGAGAAAGAAUCAACCUGAUACUGCGAAACUAGAUGAACCCACUCUUGACAGCUUGAUGCAGGUACCUGGCGCUCCAAUGCCAUCAGGUAUUAUCCCUCGUGAGAAGAAGAAGGAGAAUGUUGAUGAUGUUGUGGAUUGGUUGAGGAAGAAUGGUCCACCAAAUGAUGCAAUUGAUGAACCGACCUUGGAGGCUCUAGCCACAAUAACUGGAUUCCCACUCCCUAAGAAAUCAAAACCGGACAAGAGGGAGUUGCUGCAUGAUGUGGUUGACUGGUUGCGAACUAAUAAACCAGAUAUGUCCAAGCUUGACGAACCCACUCUUGACAGUAUCAUGCAGGUUCCAGGUGCCCCUAUGCCUUCUGGAGUUGUUCCUCGCGAAACAAAGAAGAAGGGGGUUGAUGAUGUUGUGGACUGGCUGAGGAAGAACGGUGCUCCUGACGAUGUCCCUGAUGAGCCCACACUUGAAGCACUAUCAAAUCUGACGGGUGUCCCAAUGCCCAAGAAGGACACACCCAAGGAGAAGAAGAAGUUUAUGGAGGAUAGUGUGGACUGGCUGCGAAAGAACAAACCAGAUACAUCCAAGCUUGAUGAACCCACCCUUGACAGUCUGUUGCAGGUUCCGGGCGCACCCAUGCCUUCUGGUGUUGUCCCUCGUGAGACAAAGAAGAAAGGUGUUGACGAUGUACUUGAUUGGCUGAGGAAGAAUGGUGGUCCAGAGGAAGAACUGGAUGAACCCACUCUUGAAGCCCUCUCAGAUUUGACUGGUGUUCCAAUGCCCAAGAAAAAGACCCCCCAUGCAAAGAAGAAGUUCAUGGAUGAUACUGUUGACUGGUUGAGAAAGAAUCAACCUGAUACUUCAAAGCUAGAUGAACCCACUCUUGAUAGCUUGAUGCAGGUACCUGGUGCUCCAAUGCCUUCUGGAAUUGUCCCUCGUGAGAAGAAGAAGGAGGGCGUUGAUGAUGUUGUUGAUUGGUUGAGGAAGAAUGGUCCACCAAAGGAUGAGAUUGAUGAGCCUACUUUGGAGGCUCUUGCCACAAUGACUGGAUUCCCACUUCCUAAGAAACUGGCUCCUGACUCAAGGGAAGUAGUCGAAGAUUUUAUUGACUGGCUGCGAAAUAAUGAACCAGACACUUCCAAGCUGGAUGAACCAACUCUUGACAGUAUCAUGCAGGUUCCAGGUGCCCCAAUGCCUUCAGGAGUUGUGCCUCGUGAAACAAAGAAGAAGGGGGUUGAUGAAGUUGUGGACUGGCUCAGGAAGAAUGGUGCUCCCGAGGAUGUCCCUGAUGAGCCCACACUUGAAGCACUAUCAAAUCUGACGGGUGUCCCAAUGCCCAAGAAGGACACACCAAAGGACAAGAAGAAGUUUAUGGAGGAUAGUGUUGACUGGCUUCGAAAGAACACACCAGAUACAUCCAAGCUUGAUGAACCAACCCUUGACAGUCUGUUGCAGGUUCCGGGAGCACCCACGCCAUCUGGUGUUGUUCCUCGUGAGACAAAGAAGAAGGGUGUUGACGAUGUACUUGAUUGGCUGAGAAAGAAUGGUGGUCCAGAGGAAGAGCUGGAUGAACCCACUCUUGAAGCCCUCUCAGAUUUGACUGGUGUUCCAAUGCCCAAGAAGAAGACCCCCCAUGCAAAGAAGAAGUUCAUGGAUGAUGCUGUUGACUGGUUGAGAAAGAACCAACCUGAUACUGCGAAACUAGAUGAACCCACUCUUGACAGCUUGAUGCAGGUACCUGGUGCUCCAAUGCCAUCAGGUAUUGUCCCUCGUGAGAAGAAGAAGGAGGGCGUUGAUGAUGUUGUUGAUUGGUUGAGGAAGAAUGGUCCUCCAAAGGAUGAGAUUGAUGAACCCACUCUGGAGGCUUUAGCUACAAUGACUGGAUUCCCAUUGCCUAAGAAACUGGCUCCUGAUUCCAAGAAAGUGGUUGAAAAUUUAGUUGACUGGUUGCGAAACAACAAACCAGAUACCUCCAAGCUUGAUGAGCCAACUCUUGACAGUAUCAUGCAGGUUCCAGGUGCUCCAAUGCCUUCUGGAGUUGUUCCUCGUGAAACAAAGAAGAAGGGGGUUGAUGAUGCUGUGGACUGGCUCAGGAAGAAUGGUGCUCCUGACGAUGUCCCUGAUGAACCCACACUUGAAGCCCUAUCAAAUCUGACGGGUGUCCCAAUGCCCAAGAAGGACACACCAAAGGACAAGAAGAAGUUUAUGGAGGAUAGUGUGGACUGGCUGCGAAAGAACAAACCAGAUACAUCGAAGCUUGAUGAGCCCACCCUUGACAGUCUGUUGCAGGUUCCGGGUGCCCCCAUGCCUUCUGGUGUUGUUCCUCGUGGGACAAAGAAGAAAGGUGUUGACGAUGUACUUGAUUGGCUGAGAAAGAAUGGUGGUCCAGAGGAAGAGCUGGAUGAACCCACUCUUGAAGCCCUCUCAGAUUUGACUGGUGUUCCAAUGCCCAAGAAGAAGACCCCUGAGGCAAAGAAGAAGUUCAUGGAUGAUGCUGUUGACUGGUUGAGAAAGAACCAACCUGAUACGGCGAAGCUAGAUGAACCCACUCUUGACAGCUUGAUGCAGGUACCUGGUGCUCCAAUGCCAUCAGGUAUUGUCCCUCGUGAGAAGAAGAAGGAGGGUGUUGAUGAUGUUGUUGAUUGGUUGAGGAAGAAUGGUCCACCAAAGGAUGAGAUUGAUGAACCUACUUUGGAGGCCCUAGCAACUAUGACUGGAUUCCCACUUCCUAAGAAAUUGGCUCCUGAUUCCAAGCAAUUGAUGGAUGAUGUGGUUGACUGGUUACGAACCAAUAAACCAGACACUUCCAAGCUUGAUGAGCCAACUCUUGACAGUAUCAUGCAGGUUCCAGGUGCCCCUAUGCCUUCUGGAGUUGUGCCUCGUGAAACAAAGAAGAAGGGGGUUGAUGAUGCUGUGGACUGGCUCAGGAAGAAUGGUGCUCCUGACGAUGUCCCUGAUGAACCCACACUUGAAGCCCUAUCAAAUCUGACGGGUGUCCCAAUGCCCAAGAAGGACACACCAAAGGACAAGAAGAGGUUUAUGGAGGAUAGUGUUGACUGGCUUCGAAAGAACACACCAGAUACAUCCAAGCUUGAUGAACCAACCCUUGACAGUCUGUUGCAGGUUCCGGGAGCACCCAUGCCAUCUGGUGUUGUUCCUCGUGAUACAAAGAAGAAGGGUGUUGACGAUGUACUUGAUUGGCUGAGAAAGAAUGGUGGUCCAGAGGAAGAGCUGGAUGAACCCACUCUUGAAGCCCUCUCAGAUUUGACUGGUGUUCCAAUGCCCAAGAAGAAGACUCCUGAGGCAAAGAAGAAGUUCAUGGAUGAUGCUGUUGACUGGUUGAGAAAGAACCAACCUGAUACGGCGAAGCUAGAUGAACCCACUCUUGACAGCUUGAUGCAGGUACCUGGUGCUCCAAUGCCAUCAGGUAUUAUCCCUCGCGAGAAGAAGAAGGAGGGCGUUGAUGAUGUUGUUGAUUGGUUGAGGAAGAAUGGUCCACCAAAGGAUGAGAUUGAUGAACCCACUCUGGAGGCUCUAGCCACAGUGACUGGAUUUCCGCUCCCCAAGCAGUCUGUUUCAGAUUCUGAACAGCUCGUCAACGAUGUAGUUGACUGGUUGCGAACCAAUAAACCAGACACAUCAAGACUGGAUGAACCCACUCUCGACAGUGUCAUGCAGGUUCCAGGUGCCCCAUUGCCUUCUGGAGUUGUUCCUCGUGAAACAAAGAAGAAGGGGGUUGAUGAUGCUGUGGACUGGCUCAGGAAGAAUGGUGCUCCAGAAGAUGUCCCUGAUGAACCCACCCUUGAAGCCCUAUCAAAUCUGACGGGGGUCCCAAUGCCCAAGAAGGAUACACCCAAGGACAAGAAGAAGUUCAUGGAGGAUAGUGUGGACUGGCUUCGAAAGAACACACCAGAUACAUCCAAGCUUGAUGAACCCACCCUUGACAGUCUGUUGCAGGUUCCCGGUGCUCCCAUGCCAUCUGGUGUUGUUCCUCGUGAGACAAAGAAGAAAGGUGUUGACGAUGUACUUGAUUGGCUGAGAAAGAAUGGUGGUCCAGAGGAAGAGCUGGAUGAACCCACUCUUGAAGCCCUCUCAGAUUUGACUGGUGUUCCAAUGCCCAAGAAGAAGACCCCUGAUGCAAAGAAGAAGUUCAUGGAUGAUGCUGUUGACUGGUUGAGAAAGAACCAACCUGAUACGGCGAAGCUAGAUGAACCCACUCUUGACAGCUUGAUGCAGGUACCUGGUGCUCCAAUGCCAUCAGGUAUUGUCCCUCGUGAGAAGAAGAAGGAGGGUGUUGAUGAUGUUGUUGAUUGGUUGAGGAAGAAUGGUCCACCAAAGGAUGAGAUUGAUGAACCUACUUUGGAGGCCCUAGCAACUAUGACUGGAUUCCCACUUCCUAAGAAACUGGCUCCUGAUUCCAAGCAAUUGAUGGAUGAUGUGGUUGACUGGUUACGAACCAAUAAACCAGACACUUCCAAGCUUGAUGAGCCAACUCUUGACAGUAUCAUGCAGGUACCAGGUGCCCCUAUGCCUUCUGGAGUUGUGCCUCGUGAAACAAAGAAGAAGGGGGUUGAUGAUGUUGUGGACUGGCUCAGGAAGAAUGGUGCUCCUGACGAUGUCCCUGAUGAACCCACCCUUGAAGCCCUAUCAAAUCUGACGGGUGUCCCAAUGCCCAAGAAGGAUACACCAAAGGACAAGAAGAAGUUUUUGGAGGAUAGUGUAGACUGGCUGCGAAAGAACACACCAGAUACAUCCAAUCUUGAUGAACCCACCCUUGACAGUCUGUUGCAGGUUCCUGGUGCUCCCAUGCCAUCUGGUGUUGUUCCUCGUGAGACAAAGAAGAAAGGUGUUGACGAUGUACUUGAUUGGCUGAGGAAGAAUGGUGUUCCAGAGGAAGAACUGGAUGAACCCACUCUUGAAGCCCUCUCAGAUUUGACUGGUGUUCCAAUGCCCAAGAAGAAAACCCCCCAGGCAAAGAAGAAUUUCAUGGAUGAUGCUGUUGACUGGUUGAGAAAAAACCAACCUGAUACGGCGAAGCUAGAUGAACCCACUCUUGACAGCUUGAUGCAGGUACCUGGUGCUCCAAUGCCAUCAGGUAUUGUCCCUCGUGAGAAGAAGAAGAAGGGUGUUGAUGAUGUUGUUGAUUGGUUGAGGAAGAAUGGUCCACCAAAGGAUGAGAUUGAUGAACCCACUCUGGAGGCUCUUGCCACAAUGACUGGAUCCCCACUUCCUAAGAAACUGGCUCCU